AAAACUUUUGACGGUGCAUGUAAACCUAUCUUAAACUUAAAUAGCAUAUCUUCACUGGAUUUCAAAGCAGGGAAGAGCCGAUGCAACUCGUAUACGAUUACGAGCCACCCCUAUAUCAAGAUCAUGCAAAUUAUUAUUUUUCUUAAAGCUUAACACAAAUUGCAACAUAUUGCAAUUAUGAAAUGAAACAUUCCGUCAAAAGCAUUGUACUUAUCUUCCUAUUUCCGCUCAAUAAGAGCUCAUUAAAAAUCUUAACGAAGCCUUGCACUUGAAAUAAUCGUUCCAGUUAGCACGGCCCUUUGAAAUGUAAAUUAUGUGAUUCGACGAUUAUAUAUUCAUGCCAUGGACAUUGUAUUACAAAUAUGAAAGUGUUUUGAAUUAUGAAAUACAUUAAAGCUGUGAAUGUAGAAAUAUGAGGAGUUUUAUCGAUCGAUGGCGUGAAAUGUAACCGUUUCGAGCGAAUGGUCAUGCUGCCAUUGACGAUUACACACAAGAGAGUUUAAUCUGUCGAUAGACUGAUAGAAUAUAUAUUACAGCCUUAAGAUAAAUACGGAAUUGAGAAAUUGAAAUAGCCGUGGCAAUAUGACAUUUGGACUGGCGUAUUCGUACAACUGAAAUGGCUUCAUAACUGUACAUCUAGCAUAGAUUGAAAUGGCUGGCGUUAAACCGGGGUCGUCGGCUCCAUCUACCAAGAACACAAUCCCGAAAGUUCGCCAUCCUUUGGCGAUACCAGGCUAUAUAAUCGUUUCCAAAUUCAUCGCUGCGUGCUUUUUAAAUAUAUUGGUCUUCGUGUUCACGUAUGCGUUUUUGCUCAUCGCAAUACCGGUCUCGUUGCUUGCAAAAUUCGUCCAGAAAAUUCUAGUUUUUGUGCGAAUAAAGUGGCAAAAUGCGAAAGCCGAAUACGGCAGCGGAUCCGAGAACUUCUGGUUUCUGACCAGUUACGAAGGUCAAACGCCAAAUGUAGUUUUACUGCUGGCUGUAAAAGGCCGACUUAGCUGUGAAAAUGUUGAAUAUCUACUUCACAACCGUUUAAAUUACGAUAACGAAGGUCAUUUCGAAGAGAGGGCCCCUAAUUUCAAGCGAUUAAACAGAACACCCAAGCGUGUCUUUCGCGAGUUGGUUUGGAUCGAGAAUAAUGUCGAAUGUCGCAAAACUGUCAUACAAGCCGACCUGGAAAGCGCUUGUUUAUUUACAACGGAGGGCAAUGUCGUUAACCUACAACGGUUUUCAAACUGUAACGAAUGGCAGGUCUAUUUGUACUCGAGUAAUGGAAACCUUGGGGAUAACACCAGUAGUAUAAUUGUUCUGGAGUUCAGACAUUGUAUCGCUGAUCUACACUCUUUGGUCUACGCGAUCUCGAAAUCAUUUCUGGAUAGACAAGUGUUCAUUUUUCGCGACGAAAUCACCCCAGCGCAAGGGUUUUGCUUGGGCUUCAUGGCAUUACUAGCUGGGCCAAGUAUCUUUAUGAAAACGUUACUUAAAUCAAAAGAUUCCACGUUUACAGAAACCCCGUCCGGCUGCAGGAAAAGGGCCAUCUUUUAUUCGCAGACGAUCAGUAGGAGCGAUGUCGAAAUCGUUACCACGGCGACGGGAACAUCGGGUAAGAGCUGA